AUGUGGACGGCAAGCAGUGCACUGUUUUUCGCUGCCACGACAAUGGCGACAAUCGGCUAUGGUAACAUCGUGCCGGCGACAUCAUCGGGUCGAAUCGCAUGCGUGGUGUUCGCAUUGUUCGGAGCGCCGUUAGCCAUCAUCACUAUAGGAGAUUUGGGUAAAUUUCUCUCCGAGUGCACCAUAUGGCUAUACAAGGAGAUGAAGAAAGCCCGAGCAUUCCUGUAUGCUCGCUGGAGACGGUUUCGAGGGCUCAACAAGGGUAAUGAGAGUUGUUUCAUGAAACUCGUUUAA